AUGCACAAUCCUGAGGUCUGCCCUAAAAGCAUCCCGCCGAAGACAGCCCAGGGAUUCCGUGUGGAGCCGAUUUGUCAAGCCUUCGCAAUGGAAUCCCAACUGGUUGUCAUCAACUUGCAUGCUAGAAAAUGCAUUGAAGUGAACGGGAAAGUCCCCCCGGAGGCCAAAAGCUUUGCCCUCAACGUGGGCUCAGAUGCCUCAAACAUCCUGCUUCAUUUUAAUCCUCGCUUCGACAGUGGAAAGGGCAUCGGAACCAUUGUGUGUAACUCCUUGAAAAAUCAAGAGUGGGGUGAGGCGCAGAAGAAUUCUUUGUUCCCCUUCCAGCAGGGAAAAGAAGCUAAGUUAUCGAUCUCCUUCGAUGCCAAAAAUUUGACAGUGAAAGUGUCUGAAAAGGAAGCGAUCAAGUUCCCCAACCGCUUUGGGUUGGAGCGCAUAGAAUUUCUCUCAGUGGAUGGAGACUUCAAGGUCCAACUUAUCAAGAUUGACUGACUUCCUUUGUGCUGGCCUCUCAUUCUGUCUUGGUAGAAAUAAAUCUGCA